AUGAAGGGCUUGGGAGAAGGCUCCACUCUUACUUUACCAGACACGAGGACACACCAGAGAUCUCUGGAGAAGAAUGCACUGAGAGCCUAUAAAGAGUCCCAGUGUCACCACAUGCUCAAACAUCUUCACAACGGAGCCCGAGUCACUGUGCAGAUGCCUCCAAAUAUUGAGGGUCAUUGGAUCUCUACAGGAUGUGAGGUGCGAUCUGGGCCAGAAUUCAUCACAAGAUCCUACAAGUUCUACAAUAACAAUACGUUCAAAGCCUACCAGUUCUAUUAUGGAAGUAACCACUGUACCAACCCAAGGUACACACUGGUUAUCCGUGGCAAAAUUCGCCUUCGCCAGGCAUCAUGGAUUGUAAGAGGUGGUACAGAGGCUGAUUACCAACUCCACAAUGUGCAGAUUAUACCUCAUACUGAAACCGUGGCAGAAAGACUCACUUUGCUAGUAAACCAGUCCUGUCCUGGUUUUGUUCCGGCUGAUAGACCCUGGGAUGUGAAUGUUGGUUAUGAUCUGUGGAGGGAAGAGACUGGCUUUAGGUGUUUGAAAGCACUCAACUUCGCAAUGCAUGAACUGCAGUUAAUUCGUGUGGAGAAACAAUACAUGCAUCACAACCUGGACCACCUGGUAGAGGAACUAUUUCUUGGGGAUAUUCACACAGAUGCCUCCCAGAGGAUGUAUUAUCGACCAUCCAGUUACCAGCCUCCAUUGCAGAAUGCCAAGAAUCACGAUCAAUCAUGCAUUAACUGCAGAAUCAUCAUUCACUCGGAUGAGCACCACCCUCCGAUAUUACCUCCUACAGCUGACCUGACUAUUGGGUUGAAUGGAGAAUGGGUCAGCCAGAGGUGUGAAGUUCGCCCAGAAGUCCUGUUUCUAACCAGGCACUUUAUCUUCCAUGAUAACAAUCAUACCUGGGAAGGAUAUUACUAUCACUACUCAGACCCCAUCUGCAAACACCCUACAUUUACCAUCUACGCCAAAGGCCGCUACAGUCGUGGCAUGCACUCCUCUAAAGUCAUGGGCGGGACAGAGUUUGUGUUUAAAGUGAAUCAUAUGAAGGUGACGCCUAUGGACUUCGCCACAGCGUCAUUACUAAAUGUCUUCAAUGGAGACGAAUGUGGGGCAGAAGGUUCUUGGAAAGUUGGCGUUGAGCAAGAUGUCACACACACCAACGGUUGUGUGGCUUUGGGGAUAAGAUUGCCUCACACAGAAUACGAGCUCUUCAGGAUGGAGCAAGAUGCCCGAGGGAGGUACCUGCUCUUUAAUGGCCAAAGACCAAGUGAUGGAUCUAGUCCAGAUAGACCUGAGAGGAGAGCAACAUCUUACCAAGUGCCUCUUUUCCAAUGUUCAUCCUCCUCUCUAAGGCUUGAGGGGGCAUUGGAAGUACAGCAGAAAGCUCAGGGCAGGAAUUCCGCAUCUGCCAGCACUCACCUUUUCUGGUUUUCCAACAUUUUACUUGUGUUUAUUUGUACUGUUCUACAUUUAGACCUCGUUGACUAGAAAUAGGAAGAAACAUCCUUUAACAACGAUUACAUUUGGAUACAAUGGGACCAAGGAUUUCUGCGUGUUGGAAGAAAUGACAUUUAUUUACUUGAUGCACUUGGCUGUUACCCUUAUUUUCAUUCCAUUGCCUUACUUCUCCUUCCUCCUCUUCCUCUGAUAGCCUUUCAAACCGUCGGACAAAUUUUGUUUGGUCUUUGAACUUCACCAGCUUGACCUAGCCUUAUGUGACUGCAUAACAGUAAUUGCACUUUAGGUCAGCAGGCAACUUUCUAUUAAUAUAUUACUGGAGCUAACGUACUUUACAGAUAAUUAAAGCCGUGUUUUGUCUGUGCCAUAUUCCUGUUGUGACUGAUACAAAAAAAAAAUCAGGAUUUCUUUUGACCGUAUUGUGACACAUCCAAAAAGUUGUCCCUCUAUAGCUGAACUCUUCUGAGGGACUACAUUUCUACCCUUUGUAUGGCAAACAAGUUUAAAUAUUUGCUGUAAAUAUCUGUGUAAUUUGUGUGUAUAUAUGUAAAUGAAAGAUGCAUUGAUUUAUAUUAACAUAUGACCCCUUUUACACCAAAGAAUAAAGAUGUGACCAGUUUUCAAUGCUUUACAGAGAAUAUAGUGAGAAUUUUACAUAUUUGAAAAAACUUUAUAUUACUUUUUUUUACUGUCUUCAUGAAGAUGGCAGAGGUCUGUUUGUAAAUGCAAAUGCAACUAUUUAACCUACAGAGUCGCUCAUAAAUGAUCAAUUUUAUAGUAA